CUUUUCAACAUGCUGCGACUGUUUGUGCUUAGCCUGAUGUUGACCUUGGCCCUCGGCCAGACCAACUACUGUCAGCAGGGUCUGUGCAGCAGCGGGAGCACGCACAUCGCUUGCCAGAAUAGUGGAGCCUGGUCUUCGAGCUGCCCAACCAGUCCCGCGCCCUACAUCAUCAACAUGAGCCAGGAUCUGCGCGAAUUCAUGGUGGCGACCCACAAUGCUCGACGCAAUCGCCUGGCACUGGGAGAGCUGGCUGGCUAUAUUUCGGCGCGGAGAAUGGCGCUUAUGCGCUGGAACGACGAGUUGGCCAGCCUGGCGGAGCUGAAUGUGAAGCAGUGUGUGCGCCAGCGGGAUGCCUGCCACAAUACGGACCGAUUCCGCAACAGCGGCCAGAAUAUAGCCCUCUUCGGCUAUGAGGGUGAGGCGAGCUCUCGAACGGAUCAGUAUCUGCUGACGCAGGCCGUCACCAACUGGUGGCAGGAGCGGGACAAUGCCGACAUGGCAGUCAUCGAUAGUUAUCCCAGCAACUGGAGUGGAGAUUCCAUUGAACGCUUUACUCUGAUGGCGCAGCAGCGGAAUAUUGCCUUGGGGUGUGCUGCCGCCCGCUUCUUCAAGAACGGCCUCAACCAGUUCCUACUCGCCUGCAACUAUGCCGUGGACAAUGUCGCUGGCCAGCCGGUCUACGUGAGUGGCCCAGUGGGCGCAGGUUGCCAAACGGGCAUGAAUGUCAAUUAUCCUGGUCUAUGCAAGUUUGCCGAGGACUUUGAUAUAUAA